AUGACUCUCAACAUCGACCUCUCCCUCCUGCCCAUCCUGCUGCUCGCAACCCCGUCCUCGAUCCCGCCUAUCCACACCGCCGCAGCGCUGGGCACAUACACCGACACUGAGCCAGCGCUACCGUCCGUGCUGGGAAUAUUGCUCGACGCGUGCAGACUGUGCCUGGGCAUGCAGAGGGGGUUGAACCCGGCGGCGCUGAAUCAGGGCGAGUUCCCGGCCUGCGCGGCCAUGACCACGGGGUACGUCUUCCGCGUCGAGAACCAUGCUACGGUCAUGUAUCUCCAGAAGAUCGGACGGACGGGCCAUUUGACGACUCUCGACGUCCAUCCACCACCACCACCACCACCACCACCUCGUCGUUCUCACGGUCGACCUCCCAGGACGUGGUUCUCGCUCUCCAGCAUGCCGGUGCUCUUACUCGUCACGAGCUCGACACUGACGACGCCGCCCCCAAGCCUGGCCCUCAUGACAUCUCUGUCCUGCCUCCUCCUCUCGCGCAUCCUCGCCAUCAUCUCCCUCCGCGCCCGCACGUCCCCACCGUCAUGGCACGGCGCCCCGGAACCCGGCGUCCCGGGUGAUUUGUUGGUUCUGCUCUCCGAGGACCGCUGGAUCCGCAUGCGUGGCCUGGUCGACGACCUCAAGGCAGUCACCUCGGGCGCGUGGCUGGCCCGCCCGCGCAACCCGGCCUUGAUGGACGCGCUGGACUGGAUCGCCCACAUGGCUGUGUAUCUCGCCGUGGUGGCUCUGGCCGGGGCGUCGGACGGCGAGAAAGUCAUGCUGCUGGGAGCGGUGGUGGCGAGUCACCUGGCGCUAAUGUAUGAGAAUUCUACCGUGGACGGGCUGGUCAUGAACGGUAGGACUGUCACGCAGGGCAGUGUCAAGAAGUAUCCCAGACGGUUGGACAUGGCCGAGGAGUUGGUCGAGGAAGUGGGCAGGAGCGAUUUUGCGGUCCGGUUGGGGCUGAUCAAUCCGGACAAAGUAGCGGAAAAGAAAGAGACCGAAAAAGAUGGCCUGAGUGUUGUUGGCCCUGGGCAGGAAGUGGUCACCAUGUAA